AUGGACCCUAUGGCCUCGCCUGCUAAUCAGACCACAUUGCACAUGCUUCCUGAAAACUUGUUGCUAGCAAGCAAGUUAAAGGGUGCUGCAGUAAAGCUUGCUGACUUUGGUUUAGCCAUAGAACUUGAUAAUGGAGAGCAGUGGUAUGGCUUUGCAGGGACACCAGGUUACCUAUCCCCAGAGGUGCUCAGGAAAGAUCCUUAUGGAAAACCAGUUGACAUAUGGGCCUGUGGUGUUAUAUUAUAUAUUCUUCUGGUUGGUUAUCCACCUUUCUGGGAUGAGGAUCAGCAUAGACUCUACUCACAGAUCAAAACUGGAGCAUAUGAUUACCCCUCACCAGAAUGGGAUACCGUGACCCCGGAGGCGAAGAACCUGAUAGAUAUGAUGUUGACUGUCAAUCCAACAAAGCGUAUCUCAGCAUGCCAGGCUCUCAAGCAUCCAUGGAUACAUAACCGAGAUGGCUACGCGUCAACUGUGCACAGACAAGAAACUGUCGAAUGCCUGAAGAAAUUCAACGCUAGACGCAAACUUAAGGUAAGUGUUUAUAACAAAGCUUGUACAGUUGUACUGAAAAGUUAGUAAACCCCACCACAAAAUGCACUCCUUCAUGCCGAGUGUUGAAUGUAGACAACAAUGCUACAAUGUUAAGCGAGCCCAGAGGAACAUUGAAUGCAAUAUUUGAUCACCUGAUUUCACUAUUGAAUAUUUAUAAACAUGGCAGAACUUGAACACUUUAAAUAUGUUCAUUUUUUUAUGGGGUUCACUAACUUUUGAGUACCACUGUACACCCAACCUUUCUAUUUGAUCAGGUGCAACAAACUUACAAAAUAUCACACUGUGUGAUGUUAAGUUAGAGGACAUCAAGUAACAUUCUCUUUGUGAAGUGGUUUAGGAUAAUCUAAUGGAAUCAAGCAUGUUGCAUCUUAUUUAAAAGCUGAAAAUUCCUACUUUCAGAUGGGAUUUCUAACUAAAAUUUAAUUUCUGGGUUUUGUGGUGCCUUGUCGUAAAUGUUCAAUGUCGUGAACCUGUGUUAAAAAUUAACUAAGUAGGAAUUAGAAAAAUGAUUUAUUUUAGGCAGAUGGUCUCUUUUGACAGUCUUGUUUUAAUGCAUUCUCCAAGCGUUGGCUAUGUGUUUUUUAUUAAUUCCAAGCAUCAUGAUUGGUCAAAGUGCAUCACGUGACAUUGAACUGCAGUGCAAAAAAGUGUGCACCCCUACUUAUAUAUGUGUAUAUCUCCGUUCAAACUUUUUGUGAAAAGUCAAUGUGCCCCUCUUUGCACCCAGAGGGAAUUUGUGUCAAUUUCCUGUAUGAAUAAUUAUGACAUUAAUGGCUUUUCAUAGUAAGGAUGAUCAGAUCAAUCGCACCUCUUUGUGAGAAUGGGUAUGGGCGGAGUGGUCCUGUUUAGCGAUCAGAAUGGGUUGUUGCCAAUAAUAGAUGCCAGAAUUCUAUGAUAAUUUUUUUUAAUUUCUCUUAACAAGAAGUGAAAAUUCUUCACCAUUUUGACCCCCUGCCCCCUACUAAUUUUGAGUUAUGCUAAAUCUGUAUAGAUCCUUAAUAAAAUUAUGCUUUUUAAGCUUUUCAAGUCCUCAAAUCAUGUUACACACAUGUGCAGUAAUGCAAAAUUUCAUGAAAUUGUGCUAUAACUGGCCACUUUUCAACUGACUUUGUAAGCAUCGGCAUUUAUGGUUGAGAGAAAAGUUAGGUAGGAGAUCAUUAAAGGAGAAUGAAACUCUUGGAGCAAGUUAGCUUUUGUGAAAGCAGAAAAAUCAAAGAAUAAGAUCAACAAAACUUUGAGAAAAAUAGGACUAGCAAUAAAAGAGUUAUGAGCAUUUGA